AUGGAGAAGGGAAGUUCAACUUGCAGCAGCCACCAGCUGGAGGAGAAGAAGGGAGGUGAUAAUGGCGGAAGCAACAAAACAGUAGCAUUUCACAAGCUUUUCACCUCUGCCGCCGACUCGACGGACGCUCUUCUGAUGACGCUGGGCACGAUUGGCGCCAUGGGGAACGGGCUCGCCAUGCCUCUCAUGUCCAUCUUGUUCGGACAGCUCACCGAUUCUUUCGGACAGAACCAGCAGAGCAGCAGCGCCCAAGUGGUGCAUUUGGUGUCCCAGGUUUCCGUCAGGUUUGUCUACCUGGCAGCUGCUUCUGCUGUGCUGGCUUUCCUCCAGGUGACUUGCUGGAUGGUGACAGGGGAGCGGCAGGCUGCGAGGAUUAGGGUUUUGUAUCUGCAGACUAUAUUGAGACAGGACAUCGCGUUUUUCGACGGGGAGACGAACACCGCGGAUGCGGCUAUUAGGAUCUCUAAUGACACCAUUCUGAUCCAAGAUGCCAUGGGCGAGAAGGUUGGAAAAUUCAUCCAGCUUCUGGCGACAUUCAUCGGAGGAUUGGUGAUAGCAUUCAUCAAAGGCUGGCUUCUCACCCUUGUUCUGCUAAGCUCCAUCCCUGUGUUUGUCGUAUCUGGUUGGAUCAAGUACUUGGCGAUAGCGAAGAUGCUAUCCCGAGGGCAAACAGCAUAUUCAAAAGCUGCAAAUGUGGUCGACCAGACAAUUGGAUCAAUAAGAACAGUUGCAUCAUUUACUGGGGAGAAGCAGGCCAUAGAAAACUACAAUAAGCAUCUCGUUGAUGCUUACAAAUCCGGUGUCAAUGAAGGCUUGGUUACUGGAUUAGCUCAAGGGAUGUUUAUUUUGAUUAUGUUCUGUACCUACUCUAUGGCCAUAUGGUUUGGUGGGAAGAUGGUUCUGGAGAAAGGGUACAGUGGGGGUGAAGUAAUUAGUGUCUUAAAUGCUAUCUUGACCGGUUCAAUUUCAAUUGGGCAAAUUUCCCCUUGCUUGAGUGCUUUUGCAGUAGGUCAAGUAGCAGCAUAUAAGAUGUUCGAAACCAUAAAAAGGAAGCCAGAGAUUGAUGCUUAUGAUUCAAAGGGGAAGGUGUUUGAAGACAUAAGUGGAGAUAUAGAGUUCAAACAUGUGCGCUUCAGUUAUCCAGCAAGACCAGACGAGCAGAUAUUCAAUGGGUUCUCUGUUUCUAUUAAAAGUGGAACGACUGCAGCUCUGGUGGGCCAAAGUGGGAGUGGGAAGUCGACUGUGAUUAGUUUGAUAGAGAGGUUUUAUGACCCACAAGCUGGUGAAGUUCUCAUAGAUGGGAUUAACCUGAAACAGUUUCAGCUCAAGUGGAUCAGAGGGAAAAUUGGGCUUGUUAGCCAAGAGCCUACACUGUUCACAUCAAGCAUUAAGGACAACAUAGCUUAUGGGAAAGAAGGUGCAUCCAUUGAAGAGAUAAGAGCUGCUUCUCAACUAGCAAAUGCUGCUAAAUUCAUCGACAAGCUACCUCAGGGACUAGAUACUAUGGUGGGUGAGCAUGGAACUCAGUUGUCUGGUGGGCAGAAGCAGAGAAUUGCAAUAGCAAGGGCAAUUUUGAAGAACCCAAGAAUCUUGCUUCUCGAUGAAGCAACAAGUGCACUUGAUAUAGAGUCUGAGAAGGUCGUUCAGGAGGCAUUAGACAGGAUCAUGGUGAAUCGAACAACCUUGAUUGUCGCUCAUCGUUUGAGCACUGUUGAAAAUGCUGAUAUGAUUGCGGUCAUCCACCAUGGGAGAUUGGUUGAAAAAGGUUCUCACACUGAGCUACUCAGCGUUUCUAAUGGAGCAUACUCUCAACUCAUACGUUUACAAGAGUUAAAACAAGAACCUCUAAAGGACCACAAGAAACCAGAAACCCUUAAGGAUCGUCACCUUAGCCACUCAUCCUCAUCAGUCUCAUUAGAAGAUAUGAGCAAUACAAAUCAUAGCCAUGAAACCAUACAAGCUUCUCCAACGACAAAACAUGUUUCUCCAACCAUCUCCAUCAAGCGACUUGCACAUCUCAACAAGCCAGAGCUCCCAGUGGUUCUGGCUGCAACUAUUGCAGCUGCAUUACAUGGCGUUGUGCUUCCAAUUUUCAGCCUCUUUAUGGCACGAGCAUUGAAAUCCUUCUACGAGCCACCACACGUGCUGAGACAGGAUACCAAGUUCUGGGCCUCCACUGUCUUAUCCCUUGGCUUCGCAUCCUUGCUGGUGUUUCCAUCACAUACAUACCUGUUCAGUGUCGCCGGGUGCAGACUGAUACAGCGGAUCAGGUCAAUCUGUUUCGAAAAAGUGGUUCACAUGGAGGUCGGUUGGUUCGACGAGCCCAAGAACUCGACCGCCAUCAUUGGUGCUAGACUCUCGGCAGACGCGACAAUGGUCCGAUCCGUGGUUGGUGACAAGCUCAGCAUGGCUGUACAAACCGCUGCUUCUGUGGUCGCUGGUUUGGUGGUCGCCUUUAGCGCGAGCUGGCAGUUGGCCUUCAUUGUGCUUGCUUUAGUUCCUUUAAUAGGUAUCAAUUGGUUCGUACAAGUCCAAUUCUUCAAAGGGUUCAGCGGCAACGCAAAGGUGAUGUAUGAAGAGGCAAGCCAAGUGGCGAGUGAUGGGAUUGGGAGCAUAAGGACAGUGGCGUCUUUCUGUGGAGAAGAGAAGGUGGUUGAGUUGUAUAGAGAGAAAUGCAAAGGCCCCAUCGAGGCAGGGAUCAGGCAGGGUUUGAUUAGUGGGAUUGGAUUCGGGGUGUCCAACUUCUUGUUGUUUGCUUUCUAUGCAAUCAGCUUUUACGCUAGUGCUGGCCUUGUGAACCGUCAGAAAGCCUCAUUUCGUGACGUUUUCCAGAUCUUCUAUGCGCUUAACUUCAUGGCCAUUGCAGUUUCUCAAAUGAGCACUUUUGGGGCUGAUUGGUCCAAGGCCAGAACUGCAGCUGCUUCCAUUUUCGAGAUCAUAGACAGGAGACCGAAAGUGGAUCCAAGUGAACAGUCAGGAGCGACGUUAGGCAUUGUCAAAGGAGACAUCGAACUCAGGCACAUACAUUUCAGCUAUCCAUUGAGACCAGGCGUUGAGAUUUUCAGAGACCUCAGCUUGGCUAUCCAUUCUAACAAGACUGUUGCUCUAGUGGGAGAGAGUGGGAGUGGGAAGUCCACAGUCAUUGCUUUGCUGCAGAGAUUCUACGAUCCAGAUUCAGGUAGCAUAACUCUCGAUGGAGUGGAUAUCCAGACCCUUCGAGUCAAGUGGCUGAGACAACAGAUGGGGCUUGUCAGCCAAGAACCUGUCUUGUUCAACGACACUGUUCGCGCCAACAUCGCGUAUGGGAAGCAAGGAAAUGCUACGGAGUCUGAAAUCCUGUCAGCGUCAGGACUAGCAAAUGCACAUAAUUUCAUCAGUAGUCUGCAACAGGGAUACGACACGAUCGUCGGAGAGCGCGGCAUUCAGCUAUCCGGAGGCCAAAAGCAACGGGUGGCCAUUGCACGAGCCAUGGUGAAAGACCCAAAGAUACUGCUUCUGGACGAGGCGACUAGCGCAUUGGAUGCAGAAUCGGAAAAGGUGGUUCAAGACGCGCUAGAGAGAGUGAUGGUGAACAGAACCACGGUGGUCGUGGCUCAUCGGCUGUCCACGAUCAAGAACGCCGAUCUAAUCGUAGUUGUGAAAAAUGGGGCAGUUGUGGAGAAAGGAAGGCAUGAAAGUUUGAUGGCAAUCAAAGAUGGAUUCUAUGCUUCUCUAAUGUCACUUCACACUGGGACUGUACUCGAGGCGUAGAAGUCGAGGAAGUCCUGAUUGAGGAAUGGCUUGUACCGCAACGGGUGCUCUUCAUCGAC